CUCAAGCAAGCAAAACCUUCCUCAUAACCAAUUCUAUCACAUCGAUCACCUCCUUCAACACACCUCCCUUCACUCCAUCUAAAAAUGUCUUUUCACGGAGGCUACGAUAAUGAAGACGGCUUCGGCAGAGAACGCCCCCAGAAGGAGAUCCUCUUCCGCGACGAGACCAUGCGAGAAAUCCUCUCUAGAGCCGCAGAAACUGGUUCCCACGACAUCGGUGACGAUCUAAGGGCAAGCAUCUCCUCCUAUUCAACUCCUCCCUCACGAAGUUCGACCUUCGGGAGGGAAGGGCGCAGGGAAUCCCCCCCUCGCUCCUCCAUUUCCCGCCAGAACUCCAACAUGGUAAACACCCCACCCCGCGAUAGCAACCACGGCUCCGGCGGAAGGACAUACAGAGACGCCGAGGGAAACCUCGUUGAGACAUGGGACGGGGAUGAGGAACCCGCCCUUCGAGUACACAACUACGACCCCGAAUGGAACGACAGCCCCAGGGCACCCUCACGCUCCAACACCGGCCUCUCCGUGCACAGGAAUGCCGAUGGCGAUUACGUACAAGAGCAUACCGGGUCUCAACCACUUGGUCUUAGGACCCACUCCCAAUUCUCCCCACCCACUAGCGAGGGGCGCGGAAGCCCACCAAUUUACCAGACCCGGGACCAUGAGGGAAAUCUCGUCCAGCAAUAUGAUGGUGAUAGUGGAGAUCUUCCCAUUCGCACCCAUUACGAUGACGACGAGCCCCAGCCGAGACCUGGACAGGUUCAGAGAACGAGUUCUGGGAGAUAUUAUUAGAUUGUUCCAAAUACUUUUUUGGGAGGGAGUUUUUCGUUUUUGAUCGGUUUUUGGUUCUGUUUUUUUUUCCUGGUGGGAUGGGGGAUGGGUAGGGCUGGUGUUUAUCUUACAAUUCACGCUUUUUUGCUAGAUAAGUUGAAGAUAGAAAUAUAAAUCGUUGACGAUUGAAUCUUGUUCUGGUUUCUGGGGAGUUGGGGGCGAGGGGUAAUUGAGUGGUCGCGGUAGUGAGGGGCGAU